GAGAGGAGUCACCAGAACGACGCAAGAGUUCCAUAUCGACGUCUCGGCGACACAAUUCAUCGACCUGCCAUCACCGCGACGCUCGAGUCCGGAUCUGAUAAAGCCGAUGGCAACGUCAACACCAACGUUGACUUCAACGUGUAUGCCAACAAAUUCUGCUUUGCUGCUAACGCCUACGCCAAUGCCGACGUCAACGUCGACUACAACGUCGACAUUAGCGUUUACGUCAACUUUAAAGUCAACGUCAACGCCACCACCU